AUGAACACGUAUGCUGCCUCUUACGCUUUCUUUCUUUCCACGCCCGUAGGCUAGCGUUUGACGCCGGCCUCACACCCAAAUCUGACUUCCAAAAAACCUCCGAAGUCCUCUUGCAACUCUUCGCCAGCCCUGCGGCUCGGCCUUGGCGAAUCAGCGGUUCGCCACGCUACGACAACGGCCCGGCCAAUCAGUUGAUGACUUCGCAUACGACCUUUCGACGUCUGGCUGCAAAGGCUUUCACCAAUCUCCCUAAGAGUGACCGCGACCGGUUUAUUCUCCACCAGUUCAUAACCAGCUUAAGGGACAGCACCGCUAGCGGUGUACUCUUGUUACACCCACCGGCCAGCCUGUCCUCAGCUAUUCAGCAAUUCGGCUCUACGAAGAGUGUCACUCGAGAGCGACUGGAUCCCCACGCCGCACCAACAGCCCCACCCGCACGACCCCCCCACUCAACAGACGACCUUCCUCUUUACCAGUGCGAUUCCCGGACCACAAUCCCGGUCCCUUAUUGCGCAGCGUUCGGACCACAAGCUCGGCGAUGCGGACACAACCAGCCAAGUAAGUCAGUCUCCAUUGUUCCUACUUACCUGGCUAUAUCGUCUCACCCAUCCCCUUUUACAAUUCCCGCUACACUAGUCGGUCGCAAGAUACAAGCCUUAGUAGACACAGGCGCCAACGUGUCCCUCCUGAACAGCUUUAGCCUCAGUCGCGAGUUACACGAGCUGAUCGACCACACGAGUGGCACCCAUACCCUGCGUGCCGCGAACGGCACCCUUAUACCCAUCUUGGGUCGCAUAACCCUAGGCAUCACUAUGGACAACACAGAGGUGACGUACCCAUUCCUGGUGACAUCUGAUAGUCCGUGGGCCCUAGUUCUAGGGUUGGAUCUCCUGACGGACUACGAUUGCGUUAUCCAUACCAAGAGUCGCCGUCUGUCAAUCCCGACACGCCCAGAUCCCCCACCUAUAUGCCAUCAGAGAACCUCGAUCUGAUGUACGACGCCGUGGUAGCAGCCGCAAAACUCGAGCUGUCCGACAUCGAUGCGAACCUACCUCCAGCAGAAGCAGUCGGGUCAGACAACCGCAAUAAACUACAUAUACUCCUACUGUCGUUUCCCGGGUUGUUCACCUGGUCAACCGAUACAAUCGGGCGCACCCGCAAAGUUCAUCAUACUACUAACACGGGUGACGCGAAGCCUAUUUGGCAACCCCCACGCCAAAUACCAGUACGGUUCCGCGCAGAGGUUGACAAAAUCAUAGACGAACUGCUUAAAGCCCACAUUAUACAGCCGCCUUCCUCUCCAUGGGCGUCACCGAUAGCUUUAGUCCCCAAAAAAACGGCUCCCUCCGUCUCUGCAUAGACUAUCGCCGCCUGAAUUCCGUCACUGUCCGUGACUCAUUUCCCUUGCCGCGUCUCGACGACACCCUAGAUAGUCUCGGCGGAGCAGCCUGGUUCUCGACCCUGGACCUUAAGUCCGGAUAUCGGCAGGUCGAGAUCGACCCCAAAGACCGUCCGAAGACCGCGUUUAUCGUUUCGCAAGGGCUGUUCGAAUUCCAGACGCUUCCUUUCGGACCAUGUAACGCCGCCGCCACGUUCCAACGAUUGAUGUACCAGGAGUUACGACACCUUGUCCCUCACAAAUGCCUCGUAUAUCAAAGCGACAUCAUCGUUUUCCGACCCGAUGUUGAACAACACAACCGCAACUUAAGAGAGGUGUUAGAAGCCCUCCGCGAUGCGGGCCUGACCCUGAACCCGGCCAAGUGCACAUUACUACGUCCAGAAGUACAAUUUCUGGGCCAUAAGAUUUCCCCAGGGCGCAUUGCCGCUCUACCGGGCCGCUUACAACAGAUCCGUACAUGA